UUUAGUUGCAAAUGGCUGCACAGUGCCAGAGACUGUGCUCAGUAUGAGGCCUUCGUGAAGACGUUCCCUUAUUUCUAAGCAAAGUUGAGUGAGGUUUUUUUUUUAUCGUAUCGUGAUAAUGUCCUGAUACUGGGCUUGCAAGGGAAUCUAUUGGACAUCUCUUUAUUACUUGAGUGACGCAGGGUCAGAGGGAACCUCAUUCAUGUGGAUUAAUAGAACUCGUUUGCAAUAUACCAGUGGCAAUCAAAGAGAGAAUCAAAAGAUGCCUUCCAAUUCGUUCCCAUCGAUGAAUACGUAAAACAGGAGGAAGAGGAAAAAGCACCAGGCGAAAGGAUACAACCGUCUCCAGAUCUACUAGCGAGCGUUAAAGAAAAAGAACUAGCAGAACAAUGAUGGUGAUAGGAAUAAUUCUGAUUUUUUUGCUGCUUGUUCUGUUGAUUCUCUUCUUCCUGAAACAACUCUGGUCCCGAAGACAUUUGCCUCCUGGUCCUUUGGCUCUGCCACUCAUUGGGACCUUCCUGUCAUUUGGGCUUUGGCUGCAUGAAGAUUACUUCCUUAAGCCUGUAAAACGAUAUGGAAAUAUUUAUUCCUUGUGGUAUGGGCAACAACUGAUGGUAGUGCUGUCUGGGUUCAAAGCUGUGAAAGAAGGAAUGACCAAUUUCCCAGAAGAAUUCUCAGUUCGAGUAGAGACUGCGUUCAUGAAUGAUUUUGGGAAAAGAAAGGGAAUUAUUCUUUCCAACGGCCACACCUGGAAACAGCAGCGACGUAUUGGCGUCACUUCUCUGCGGAAGCUGGGCCUGGGGAAGAAAAGCAUUGAGCAUCAGAUAGAAGAUGUGGCUCAGUCUUUGGUGGAGAUCUUUAGACAAACAGAAGGGCAGCCAUUUGACCCUUCAUUUUCAAUCCUAAACGCAAUUUCUAAUGUCAUAUGUGCUUUGAGCUUUGGACAUCGGUUUGAUCUUGAAGACGAAAACUUCCAGAAGCUGGUUCAAGCCCUUAAAAUUAUUUUGAAUUUCAUUGGUAACUCUUUUCAUGUGCUGUAUGAUUUGUUCCCACAAUUAAUGAGGUACCUCCCAGGCCCUCACAAGAAAACCCUGGCUUCUGUGGAUAUUAUCCAUGCGUUUGCAAAGCUGGAAAUAGAGAAACACAAGGAAUCUCACUCUCUGCACGAGCCACAAGAUUUCAUUGAUUACUAUUUCCUUCAGAUGGAGAAGAGCAGGAAUGACCCCGACUCUACCUACAGUGAAGAGAACCUGGUUCAGUGUAUUUUCGAUUUCUUUACUGCUGGAACAGACACAACUUUUACAACUAUGAUGUGGGCACUGCUUCUCUUGACAAAUCACCCCGACACCCAAGAGAAAGUCCAGAAAGAGAUUGAAGAUGUGUUUGGUUCCUCGGGGUCAAUAUCCUAUCAGGAUCGGAAGAAGCUGCCCUAUACCAACGCUGUCAUUCAUGAAAUGCAGCGUUUAAAAUAUGUCUUGCUAUAUGGGGUUCCCAGGCAAAGCGCAAAGGAUGUGACAAUGAGGGGAUAUCACAUUCCAAAGGGGACCGUUAUUGUCCCAGACUUGCGCUCCGUUCUUCUUGAUCCUGAAAAAUGGGAGACACCUGAAGAAUUCAACCCAAAUCACUUUUUAGAUAAGAAUGGGAAGUUCAUUGAACGGGAAGAGUUUCUGCCCUUUGGAAUAGGUCUACGUGUCUGUGUGGGACAGCAGCUGGCAAGAACUGAGAUCUUCAUCCUUCUGACCAGCUUGUUGAGGGCCUUCAGCUUCCGGUUGCCUGAAGGAGUGAAAAAACUCAACGAAACCCCUGUUGCAGAGAUAUCAACGCAUCCCCACCCUUACAAAUUGUGUGCUAUUCCCACACAGGCGUAAACUUUUAAAAACACCAUAAAAUAUUUGCAGAUUUAUUUGCAUAUUUGCGUGAAAAUAUUUGCAGAUCACUUGCAUCCUGGACAUAAACUGUUUCAACUCCUACCCUCAAAACGACGCUAUAGAGCACUGCACACCAGAACAACUAGACACAAGAACAGUUUUUCCCCGAAGGCCAUCACUCUGCUAAACAAAUAAUUCCAUCAACACUGUCAGACUAUUUACUGAAUCUGCACUACUAUUAAUCUUCUCAUCGUUCCCAUCACCAAUCUCUUUCCACUUAUGACUGUAUGACUAUAACUUGUUGCUGGCAAUCCUUAUGAUUUAUAUUGAUAUAUUGACCAUCAAUUGUGUUGUAAAUGUUGUACCUUGAUGAAGGUAUCUUUUCUUUUAUGUACACUGAGAGCAGAUGCACCAAGACAAAUUCCUUGUGUGUCCAAUCACACUUGGCCAAUAAAAUUCUAUUCUAUUCUAUUCUAUUCUAUUCUAUUCUAUUCUAUUCUAUUCUAUUCUAUUCUAUUCUAUUCUAUUCUAUUCUAUUCUA